AUGACGAAGGGAACGACGUCGAUGGGGCAGCGCCACGGGCGCACCCACAUCCUCUGCCGCCGUUGCGGCCGCAACGCGUAUCACGUGCAGUGGGAGCGCUGCGCGGCGUGUGCCUACCCCCGCCCGAGCCGCCGACGCUACAACUGGUCGGUGAAGGCGAUCAAACGACGCCGGACGGGAACGGGAAGGUGCCGCUAUCUCAAGGUCGUCAACCGCCGCAUCGCGAACCACUUCAAGACCCCCAAGGCGUAA